AUGAGUGAGGUCCAGGAUAGGGAUUGUGAUCCCCAGAACUCCCAUGUUGACAGGAAAUGGGACAGUCAGUUGUCAUUUCUCCCAGACAAGCUACAACAGAGACUGAUGCCAUUCCAAAAGGAGGGGGUCAAAUUCGCCCUAUCAAAGAAUGGAAGGUGUAUGAUCGCAGAUGAGAUGGGUCUGGGGAAGACGGUGCAGGCUAUCUCUGUGGCCUACGCCUACAGACAGGAGUGGCCUCUGCUCAUCGUGGUGCCCUCCUCUCUAAAGUACCUCUGGAUCGAGGAGAUGGAGAGGUGGAUACCUGAGCUCAACCCUGGAGAUAUUAACCUGGUAGAGACCAAGAGGGACACGCUGGGGAUCAGUAGCAGUAAGGUAACAGUGUUGGGUUACGGGCUGCUCACCACAGAUGCACGCCCCCUGGUGGAGGCUCUGACCAGACAGAGGUUUAAUGUGGUGGUGGUGGAUGAAUCCCACUACCUCAAGUCCAGGAACGCAGCCAGGUCUAAGAUACUGGUACCACUCAUCCAGAACGCCAAGCGGGCCAUCCUACUGACGGGCACCCCGGCCCUGGGACGGCCAGAGGAGCUCUUUAUGCAGAUAGAGGUUCUCUAUCCUAGGAUGUUUGGAACGUGGAGUGACUAUGCCAAACAAUACUGUAACGCCCACUACAGGUUCCUUGGUAACAGGAGACAGUGGGACUGUCGUGGUGCCUCUCAUCUAGAGGAACUCCACCAGCGUCUCAGUGAGAUCAUGAUCCGGAGGCUGAAGGUCCAGGUCCUCCCCCAGCUACCCCCCAAAAUACGCCAGCGCAUCCCCUUCGACCUGCCCAAAGACGCUGCCAAGGAGGCGAGCGGCAGCUUGGAGGAGUGGGAGCGCCUGAUGAGGACGAUGGGUUCGGGGGUCUCUGCCACGGACAACCCCUUCGCUGAAGUCAUGGGGCUCGUGACACGCAUGUACAAACAGACCGCCAUCGCUAAGGCUGGAGCAGUGAAAGACUACAUAAAGAUGCUGCUGGAGACUGAGAAGUUAAAGUUCCUGGUGUUCGCUCAUCACCUGACCAUGCUACAGGCAUGUAGCGAGGCUGUCAUCGAAGCCAAGGCCAGUUACAUCCGUAUCGAUGGCAGUGUUCCGUCCUCAGAGCGUAUCCACCUGGUUCACCAGUUCCAGAAUGACCCUGAGACGCGUGUGGCCGUCCUCAGCAUACAGGCUGCUGGGCAGGGCCUGACGUUCACAGCGGCCACUCACGUGGUGUUUGCUGAGCUAUACUGGAACCCUGGCCAUGUGAAGCAGGCUGAGGACCGGGCGCACCGCAUCGGACAGACCGCCUCCGUCCACGUGCACUACCUCAUCGCCAAGGGAACCUUUGACACCGUCAUGUGGGGCAUGCUCAACAGGAAGGAAACGGUAACAGGCAGUACUCUGAACGGUAAAAAGGAGUACUUAAAGGCAGAGUUGGGGGAUAAGGACAAAUGGGACUUCCUGAAUUUCGCCGAGGCAUGGACACCAAGCGAGACGACCCUGGCAGCGGUUGACAAUGACAAAGAUCCUGUGUUCUUUAACCAUUUUGAAAAGGACAAACAGCACGACAUUCGUUCGUUCUUCUCUCCGGACGCUGGUAAAGAGAAGAAGAGGAAGAGAACAGAGGGUGAGGUUUGCCUAUCCCCCGUUACCCCCUCAGAGAAGGAGGGUUCUAUAGAUGUGGAGAACCCAGAGAACGACAAGGAGAAAAACUUCAACUCCCAAGAUCCCCCUGACCUCCAGGACCUAGACUUCUCUCCCCAGGUGAAGAGGCUGCGACUGCCCACCCCCAGCGCUACCCACAGCCCCAGGUCUCGUCUUGGGGGGAAGAGGAGGUCCCUCCAUGGGGGGAGAGACACCAGCAGCAGCCCCCUGGCCUCUUUGUUUACCCCCCGUCGGCUCUCUGAUAAAGGGACCCCGAAACCAAGGCUGAGUCCCAGACCAGGACCACCAGAUCAGGGGAAGGGAGAUGAGUGGAGUUGUGGGGCCUGUACUUACUCCAACAGCAUCCUGCUCCUUUACUGUGAGGUGUGUGAGUCCCCACUCCACAGACCCAGCACUGCUCCAGACACACAGUAUACAGGUUCACCUGCUGUGUCCGCAGGCUCCAGGCCUGAUCAGUCCACCCCUAGAGAACACCCCUGGAUGGUCCUCUCUGGGUCGGACAGCGAGCAGGAGGACCCCCCCUGUCCUGGUCCUGCCUCUCCCGGGACAACUGAACCACAGACAGACGCCCAGACAGACAGCGUAUCUAGUCCUGCUGAUGACACUACGGCCAGUCUCCCCCUGUACCCCAACAUGAAGUUCUGCGCCAGCAAGAACACUGAGCGUAUCUACCUUUACUCCCAGGAGGACAGUCCACUGCACUGGAAUUUCCUUCCUCUGGACAUUAAACUGGACAGCUGGGAGGACCUGCCUGAAGCCUUCAGACGCAGAGAGAACAGGACUCAGGUACUGAGGUUUGUCCAGCAGUGGAGCACUCUGACAGCCAUGAAGCAGAGACUGGUCCGCCGCAGUGGUCUCCUGUUCUGCAGCCCAGUCCUGGCCCUGGACCAACUGACCAGCACCCAGCGCAAACACAGCAGCACCAAGAGGUAUCUAACCAAAGAAGAUGUGUCCCAGGCCUCUCUCAGUAAGGCCCAGUGUGAUGGAGGAACUGUUCGCAUGGUCAACAAGGAGAUCUUCUUCACCAAGAGGAGAACUACCUCUAUGUCACGACCCAACACCUCUGCCUCCGUCCCAGAGAAACCAUCUGAGGUGCACCCAGAGCCUCCUGUUGGUGCUCCUGAGGGCCCGUCAGAGGCUGAAGCUGGGUACCUGCAGGUGCUGGACAGUGAGGGUCGAGCCUUGUGUCUGUCCUGCCACAAGGCCUGUGGGUCCACCGGAGGAGCCUGGGGCAACUGCUUCUGUAGCCAGACGUGUCAGGAGGAGUUCCAGCUACGCUCCAGCCAGGCCUACAUGCGCGCCCGGGUACUGCAGACGGAGCAGGGGGUGUGUCAGAGCUGCGGCCUGCAAGCCCACCAGCUGUACCUGAAGGUCCGCGACGCCCCGCCCACACACAGGAAGGAGAUGCUAGAGAACACCUGGCUGGCCCAGCUGUCACUCAAACAGCUGAAUGAGAUGAUCCGUGCCCCCGUGGAGGGUCAGUUCUGGCAGGUGGACCACAUCCGACCCGUCUACAGUGGGGGAGGACAGUGUUCCCUGGACAACCUACAGACACUCUGCACCGUCUGUCACAGAACCAGGACAGCUCAGCAAGCCAAAGACAGAAGCCAGAUGAAGAAAGGACUGGCAGCCUCCAAGGUGGCUUCAGACAUCACUCGCUUCUUCAUAAAGAAAUGAAGAUUAAAACAAAAUGUUUUCCUCAAGGAAGGAGGGAAGGUUGGAGGAGU